UAAUGGUGCUCUAAUAAUGAGCUUGAGGAUAUCAUUAACGAACUUAUUUUUCUGUCGUGCCAAAACAAAAAUACCGAAUUGACGGACGAGUAGGGAGAUAGUUUCGGUGCUUUAAAGGGUUUGCUUUGCUUGCGGAUGAAGAAUCGCUCAUCCUCCCUUUCUCUCUAUCAAACCCUAUUUUAACCCUCUCCACCACCCCCCUCAGACAUCUCGGCCUCCAUCUCAAAACUCUCUCUUUCUUCCUUUUAGAUUCUGAAACCUAUCUUCACCAUCAGAGACUCUGUCUUUUCUUAUUCACAUACAUCCUUCACCAUCUCAUUUCAUCGGUCCCUCUCUCUCUCUAUCUGAAGCAGCGUCUUGAAUGGUAGAAACAACUCCGACAACCAGAGAAUUUAUGCUCUCCCAUUGCACCACCGCAAGGGCGAGCUUUCUCCUCCCUCUCUCCUCCUCCUCCUCCUUCACUUUUGGCACUUGCAAGGAAUCCUGGUACUUCCGUUGCAUCGGUGUCGACCCUUGAAGCAACCCAAACUCCCAUCAAAAGUCUUAUUUUCUUUUUUUGGCGUUUAUUGUUUAAAGAUGUUGCUGUACAACAACAACAACAAGCAGAAGAAAACACACAAGUCCAAGAUUAACAGGUUCCUAGUUAGCAUCAGUUUCUUAGGAAGUGCUGGACCCAUUCGUUUUGUUGUCAAAGAAGAUGAAACUGUUUCAAAUGUUAUUGAUUAUGCUCUCAAAUGCUAUGCUCGUGAAGGCAGGCUUCCACUACUCGGUUCUGAUUCUAGCUUUUUCCUCCUAUACUCUCCUUACUAUGCAGUUGAAGCAUUCAAUCCAUGGGGAAAGAUUGGUUCAACCGGAUCCAGGAACUUUGUUCUGUCUAAGAAGUUAGAAGCACAAAAUCUUGGAGGUUCUGUGGACACAUCAACAACUACAAUCAGGAAGACCUCUGGGAAAUGGAAGGCUUGGCUCAACAAGUCUCUAGGACUUAUGGUUCCUUCUCAUUAGAUCAUGUUUUUGGGGUUUCUACGUACACUUCUCUUUUUGGUUUUCUUGUCAAGAGGAAUAAGCAUUACAAACACUUGUGCUUCAGCUUUUUGUUGUAUUUUGUCACACUAAUAAAUGGAUAGAAGUUUGAUAGAA